ACUUCUGGGGUGAAGUGCUCAGACGACUGUCUGGCUAAAUAUAAUGAACUCAAGUUGAAGAAAACUUGUCGCUAUAUUUUGUACAAAAUUGAAGAUCAGAAAGAGAUUGUCAUCGAUCAAAUUGGUGACAGAAAUUGUACGUUUGAUCAGUUCAAAGCAGAGCUAGAGAAUCUUGAAAAGAGUGCGCGCUACGCUGUCCUUGAUUUUGAGUCUGACAACAAUAAAUCGCAUUUGCUUUUCAUUUCGUGGAUUCCUGAUAAUGCGAGUGUUCGCGAACGAAUGUUGUACGCAUCUUCUGUUGAUGCACUGAAAUCUCAACUAACUGGAUUUAAAAGCUACCUCCAGCUGAAUGAAAAAUCCGAUUUAACAAAGGAAAACUUCAUGGAUUCGCUUCCUGGAUCUCGCAAUUAA